ACAUGGUAAGAUUCACAAAACAAUUGGAGUCAGUCUUACCCCGCAGCAGAGCGCGGACCGAGUACUAGUGACUAAUGAACGAGAGUACGACUACGAGAGAGCAGAAACUAGAGACGGAUUCAAACUUGAACUGGAAACAAAUAAAACGAAAAAAUAAUUAAUAAAGAAAAUAGAUGGGGCGGGACGGCGGGAGAGAGGGAGGAAGAAAAGAACCGAACUACAAGGGCAGAGAAAAGACGGUGGAGAGAGAAGAUAAAACCCCGGGAAAGGGAGAGAUUCCGGGAAAUUCUAGGUUUACUCUCCUGCUUGAUUCCGUUUCAGGUAAAUAAGACGAAGGCUUGAUAAGUCAUAAGAGCUCGUGAUUGCAACUCUCACUGCACUCGCAACCAGAAAUCUGAAUCACAGGUAUGGCUAACGAUACCGACUCUCCCCGAGAAAUUGGCUUAAUCCGUUCUUACUCGCCCGUUCUUCCCUUCAUUUCCUUUGUAACACGAUAAUUCGGGUUUGGAAGUCUGCAAUUGCAUGUGCCCUGGUAUUUUCUAGGAAGCAUGCAACAUGCGGAGCUUUGUGUAUUUCGCUGAUUCUGCGUUUGGAAUGCCUAGCAUUCCCUGGUGGUGCUUGAAAUUGGAUAGUAAGUAGUUAAACGAGUUAGCUUGUUCAUGGAUUCAUUGGAAAUUCUUUGUACGUGUUUUGGGAUGGAGGUGAAUGUGUUUUCAGUUGAUACAUAUUGGAAACGAAACUGACAGACUGGUUAUCUUUACUAGCUGCUGUUUCUGUUCAUGGUUUUGCGGUGGUGUAUGAGGAAUGUGAUCUGUGAUCAUGGAGGACAAUGACGAUAAGCUUUUACUCAGAAGUUUGGGUGUUACAUCUGCGAAUCCUGAGGACAUUGAACGGCAUGUUCUAGCUGAGGCAGAAAACCAUGGCAAGAACAGUUCCGACGAGGGAAAGAACAUAGACGAGGAGCCUCAUGAGAAUUCAGAAAGUGUUAAUCCAUUGUCCACGAGCGAGGCCACACUCUACCAUAAACUAAGGGCUGUUAAAUAUGAAAUAGAUGCCGUAGCAUCCACUGUUGAACAAGAAAGGAAAGUAGUUAGUGAAGAUGACUCAGCUUGUGCUAAUGAUGGCACGAAAGACCAAGAAGAGGAAAAAAAUUGCGGAUCCAGUCCACUGAUUUCUUCAAAUAAUUCAACUCUGCAACAAGCCCUAGCAGCUGAUAGACUUAGAAGUCUUAGGAGAACUAAGGCUCAAAUUGAAAAAGAACUAUCAGAUCUACAUCAGAUUACUGUGGACAAGGAUGGAGAGCAUGAGAAACUGCUACAAGACAUCGUGAAGGAGCGCAGACCCAAAAAGAAGCCAAAAUCUUCCAAAAAGACUGAAAAACAUGAAGAUAAGCGUAAGCGAACAGUUUCAUUUGCUGGUGAUAAUGAUUUUGAUGCUGCAUUGGAUGCAGCAUCCAGGGGAUUUGUUGAAACAGAAAGGGAUGAAUUGGUCAGAAAGGGAAUUUUAACUCCUUUUCAUAAGCUUAAAGGGUUUGAAAGGCGGCUACAACAACCAGGGCCGUCCAAUAUAUCUGAGAAUGAAGAAAUAGGUGCUGGUGAUCUUACCUCUGGCAGUAUUCUAAGGGCUGCUCAGUCAAUAUCAGACUCUGUGAAAGCUCGUCCAAGAACGAAGCUUCUUGAUCCUGACGAAUUGCCGAAGCUUGAUGCACCUACUCUUCCCUUUCAGAGGCUGAAGAAACCAAUCAGAGUUCCUGCCUCCCUGGAAAGUGAUGCAGAAAAAAGUAAAGCUUCAGGAAAAAGGAAGCGUCCAUUGCCUGGCCAGAAAUGGAGAAAGCGUAUUUCACGAGAAGAAAUCCCUUUGGAUGAUGCUGGAGAUGCACAGGUCGAGCUGGCUACAUCCAGCAAUGAAGAAGAGCUACUAGAUGAUUCUGGGGAUGUUGAUGGCACUGACUGUCCUUUCAUAACACUUGAAGGUGGACUAAAAGUUCCAGAUACAAUUUUUAGCAAGCUUUUUGAUUACCAGAAAGUAGGAGUCCAAUGGCUCUGGGAACUGCAUUGCCAGAGAGCGGGUGGCAUUAUCGGAGAUGAAAUGGGUCUUGGCAAAACGAUUCAAGUUUUGUCUUUCCUUGGAGCAUUACAUUUUAGUAAUAUGUACAAGCCAAGCAUUGUCAUUUGCCCUGUUACACUACUGCGCCAGUGGAGAAGAGAGGCACGCAAGUGGUAUCCCAGUUUUCAUGUCGAACUACUGCAUGAUUCUGCUCAUGAUCUUCUUUCUAGAAAGAAGAGAGCAAAAUCUUUUGAAAGUGAUGACGAUAGUGAUGCUUCUUUUGAUAGUGACAAUGAUGCGAGUUUAGCAUCCAAAAAAGGCAACAAAUGGGAGUCAUUAAUAGACCGAGUUUUGAAGUCAGAAUCUGGGCUGCUCAUUACUACGUAUGAGCAACUUCGGCUGCUUGGGGAGAAAUUGCUUGACAUUGACUGGGGAUAUGCAGUUCUGGAUGAAGGACACAGGAUUCGAAAUCCAAAUGCUGAGGUCACUCUAGUCUGCAAGCAGCUUCAGACUGUUCACCGCAUAAUAAUGACGGGAGCACCAAUUCAGAAUAGGUUAAGUGAACUGUGGUCUUUGUUUGAUUUUGUUUUCCCGGGAAAGUUGGGGGUCCUUCCUGUUUUUGAAGCAGAAUUCGCUGUUCCAAUCUCUGUUGGUGGUUAUGCAAAUGCUUCACCACUACAAGUAUCUAAGGCGUACAGGUGUGCUGUGGUACUACGUGACUUGAUCAUGCCUUACCUGCUACGUCGUAUGAAGGCAGAUGUUAAUGCCCAUCUUCCUAAAAAGACUGAACAUGUACUCUUCUGUAGCCUUACAUCGGAGCAGCGAUCUGUGUAUAGAGCAUUUCUUGCGAGUGCUGAAGUUGAACAAAUUCUCAAUGGCAGUAGGAACUCCUUGGCUGGGAUUGAUGUAAUGAGAAAGAUAUGUAACCAUCCUGAUCUACUUGAGAGAGAGCAUUGUUAUCAGAAUCCAGACUAUGGAAAUCCUGAGCGUAGUGGGAAAAUGAAAGUUGUUUCACAGGUGCUCAACGUCUGGAAGGAGCAGGGUCAUCAUGUUCUUCUCUUCACGCAGACUCAGCAAAUGCUUGAUAUCCUUGAAAAUUUCUUGGUCUCUCAUGGUUACAACUACCGGAGAAUGGAUGGUCUAACUCCAGUGAAGCAGAGAAUGGCCUUAAUCGAUGAAUUCAAUAACACCGAUGAUAUCUUCAUUUUUAUUUUAACUACAAGGGUCGGUGGUUUAGGGACGAAUCUAACUGGUGCAGAUAGGGUGAUAAUUUUUGAUCCAGACUGGAACCCAUCAAAUGAUAUGCAGGCCAGGGAGCGAGCAUGGCGCGUUGGUCAGAAAAGGGACGUGACUGUAUAUAGGUUGAUUACUCGUGGGACUAUCGAGGAGAAGGUGUACCACCGACAGAUUUACAAGCAUUUUCUUACUAACAAGAUACUGAAGAACCCUCAGCAAAGGAGAUUCUUUAAAGCUCGCGACAUGAAAGAUCUGUUCAUUUUGAGUGACGACGGUGACGGUGGAUCAACCGAGACAUCUAACAUUUUUAGCCAGUUGUCUGGAGAUGUCAAUAUUGUUGCCGCGCAAAUGGAAAAGCUGGACAAUCAUAAUCAACACACCAUAAAUGGUGCAAGACAUGUUGUCGAUGAAAGGCAUAACUCGGAGGCCCUACUCACCAGGAGGAAGGUGAAAACAGAGGAGGUUUCUGAUCACAAAGACCCUGCAGAUGAUAAGGAAACAAAUAUCUUGAAGAGUCUUUUUGAUGCUAAUGGUAUACAUAGUGCAUUGGACCAUGACGCCAUUGUGAAUGCGCCCGAUGAAGAGAAAGUGAGGUUGGAGGAGCAAGCAUCUCAAGUCGCACAAAGGGCAGCAGAGGCAUUGCGUCAGUCGCGGAUGCUACGAAGUCGUGAAAGUAUAUCAGUGCCGACAUGGACAGGCAAAUCAGGCUGUGCUGGGGCACCACCAUCCACGACUCGUCAGAAAUUCGGGUGUACUGUCAGCUCUCAAGUGAUCAUCAAGAAGACAUCAUCCAACGGAUCCAGCAGCAGCAAUGGGACAACCAGUAGCGGCCUUAAUGGUAUAGCAGCUGGGGCAUCUGCUGCCGGGAAGGCGUUAUCUUCAGCCGAGCUGCUCGCUAGAAUUCGUGGGAACCAAGAAAGAGCUGCUGGCGCGGCUGCUGGGCUUCAUGUUGCAGCAUCAUCCAGUUCAACUAGCAGCACAAGAUCUGGGGGUAGUGGAACAUCCAGCGUCCAGCCGGAAGUAUUGAUUCGUCAGAUUUGUACUUUCAUACAAAAAAGGGGUGGGAGUUCCGAUUCUGCGACCAUAGUGCAGCACUUUAAGGACAGGGUACCAUCUAAGGAUCUGCCAUUGUUUAAGAAUCUCUUGAAAGAGAUAGCAACUCUGAAGGACGACCCAAAUGGGAAAGUGUGGGUUCUGAAAUUGGAGUACGAAUAAUAGAGCAUUCUGACUGCAGGUGCUGCUAUCGCUGCUGAAGAUCAUAGUAUCAUACUGGUACCCUAAUGGCUACGUGGUUUCAUCUGGAAACUCAAGAAAGUUUAGAUCAUUAAUGCCAUAGAGACAGAAUACUUCCAGUGACGGGUAAUAAUGAUUCCAAGUCCAUCGUAGUGAUGCUGCAUUAACUCAAAAGUUGCAGAUUUUUUCACGCGGGAUGAGUUCGGAGGUUGGAACUCCGGUUUUCUCUUUACUGAGAAGCUCUUCUCCGAAGGUUGGGAGUUGGCACCCAAAUCCGACGACAAGCCAAUCCCAGUAUGGAAGUCGACAGUCGUUACGAGUUUCUAUUGUUGGGUCGCCGGUUAAGGCGUUUGCACUAUACCGACAAUUCAUUAGUUACAUGAUUUCAUUGAUUUUUUUCAGGUGCAGAGUUCCGGAAACGAAAUAUAGAAGAAAUCUUUGCUAUUUAU